GGGCGUUAACCCCAGGAAGGCAUUGGCAAGAUGGCGUCCCUGGAUCGGGUGAAGGUACUGGUGUUGGGAGACUCAGGUGUUGGGAAAUCUUCACUUGUUCAUCUUCUGUGCCAAAAUCAAGUGCUGGGAAAUCCAUCAUGGACUGUGGGCUGCUCAGUAGAUGUCAGAGUUCAUGACUACAAAGAAGGAACCCCAGAAGAGAAGACCUACUAUAUAGAAUUAUGGGAUGUUGGAGGCUCUGUGGGCAGUGCCAGCAGUGUGAAAAGCACAAGAGCAGUGUUCUACAACUCUGUAAAUGGUAUUAUUUUAGUACAUGACUUAACGAAUAAGAAGUCAUCCCAAAACUUGAAUCGUUGGUCAUCAGAAGCUCUCAACAGGGAUUCAGUGCCAACUGGAGUCUUAGUAACAAAUGGGGAUUAUGACCGGGAACAGUUUGCUGAAAACCAAAUUCCAUUGUUGGUAAUAGGGACUAAACUGGACCAGAUUCAUGACACCAAGCGCCAUGAAGUUUUAAUUAGGACUGCUUUCCUGGCUGAGGAUUUCAAUGCAGAAGAGAUUAAUUUGGAUUGCACAAAUCCAAGGUACCUUGCUGCCGGUUCUUCCAAUGCUGUCAAGCUCAGUAGGUUUUUUGAUAAGGUCAUAGAGAAGAGAUACUUUUCAAGAGAUAGUAAUCAGAUCCCAGGCUUUCCUGAUCGAAAGAGGUUUGGGGGAGGAACAUUAAAGAACCUUCAUUAUGACUGAAUUACACUCAUUCUUUGGAAGAGUGAGCAAGAAGUGGCAGUUUUUCACAGCAUUCUUCUUGCUGUGUCAGUUAUUACUGUCUCAGCCUUUUACUGAUCACCUUAAAAUGCCACCCUGCACCCUCACCCUUGAAUGGAAAACUGAAAGAAAGUGACAGUGUGGGAGGUCCAAACUUUGUCCCCGUUAUCUGUCCCUCACCUUCCUGUCCCUGUUUAUAGAUUAUGUAAAAGCUUUGUGGAAAUAAGAGAUGUUGUCAAAAUGAUGCAGUAAAUGAGCAGUGACAGAGUGCUGCAGAGAAAAUUUACUCUUGCCUAAAAUAGAGGAUUUUUAAUGGAUCUGUAAUUUUCCUGCACUCCUUGCUGAAGAGUUAAUUAAAUACUUCUAAAAUGUA